CCGGCCUAAACAUUCUACUUGGAUAGGUCCAGCGCGUGAAGCUAGCUUUAUCGUAGUUGCACAGCGGGAACUCAUUAUGAAGAUUAUUUUGCUAAAUCAGAAUGAGCAAUCGUUGUCGUCAGUACUGCGAAUUUCACUGAUAGUAAGCCCUUACCUUAAUCCUUUUAGCUUGGUUUGAGAAUUGUAUGUUGUCGUGCCAAGACAAAUCAGCCUUGUUCAUCUCACAAUUUCUGAGUUGCGGUACUUGAUAAAUUUCCUUCCUGCUAGAGAUUCAAAACUGGUCAAGACUUCCGUCCCAGGAUUCCGGAAAGAAUACCCGUUGACUGCUCACCCACUAAACUGCCUUCGCUAAGAAAUGAGUAUCAGGAGGGCAUUGUUGCAUAUUCCAUAAAAAAUUGUGCAGCAAUUUAACUGUUGCAUCACAUGAAAUUGGUAGAUGCUACCUACCUCUCCUUUCAACAACAAACCUAGAGUACUGUUUUAAAGAGCCUUGCUGGAUGAGGAGUUACCCAAGCACCAAUCGACAAACCUCGUCCUGUAUAUACUCUUAGCAAUUCAUACUCUCAUGCACCACAACCAACGAAGCAAGACAGAGUUAGAGAGAGUAACACGUUACAGUCAUUCCUCUGGAGCAAUCUGGUUUCAAGUCUCUGAUCUGAUUGGUAUCUCUCCGUGUCAGAGUUUAUCUGAACUAUAAUAAACCAACAUGGCUUCUCAAGAUCAACUCCAUAUUGUUAUGGUUCCAUGGUUAGCUUUUGGUCAUUUAAAUCCAUUUCUGGAGCUCUCCAAGUCCUUAGCUAACAUGGGUCAUCGCAUAUCUUUCAUCUCCACCCCGCGAAACAUUCAAAGACUCCUUCCAAAUCUCUCAUCCAACCUAUCUUCUUCAAGCCUCAUCAGCUUUGUCUCUUUACCAUUGCCUAAAGACGAUAACUUACACGACCAAGCAGAGGCCACUAUUGACCUCCCUGCCGAAGAAGUACCCUACCUAAAGAGAGCUUACGAUGGCCUAGAAGGUCCUGUAUCUAGUUUCCUUGAAACAUCAAGACCUGAUUGGAUAAUUUACGACUUCGCUCCUUAUUGGUUGCCUGCCAUUGCGUCAAGGCUUGAGAUUCCCUGUUGCUUCUUUACCACAUUCAACGCAUCCGUCAACUGUUUCUUUGGGCCUCCGUCCAGUUUUUGGGAGAGUGGUGAAGAUGAUUCAAGUGGUACAAAGAAGCCAAGGGAUUUAACUGUUCCUCCCAGUUGGAUUCCUUUUCCAUCUAACUUGGCCUUUCGAAACUAUGAGUUUGGUAAAGUUUUCGGUACCGUUGAGAUAAAACUGUCAGGCGUUACCGACGGCCAUCGCAUCUCAAGUGCCAUAAAUGGUUGUGAAAUCAUGGCUAUUAGAAGUUGUAUGGAAGUAGAAUCCGAGUUCUUGGGUCUCUUUGAAAAUCUUUUUAAGAAACAAGUCAUUCCCGUAGGCUUACUCCCUCCACCUCCGUCACCGGAAGAUGAGAAUCAUGAAGCGUGGGGGAGGAUGAAAGAGUGGCUUGACAGACAAGAGCAAGCAUCAGUGGUUUAUAUAGCACUGGGAACUGAAGCAGCAUUUAGUCGAGAAGAAAUAACCGAGUUAGCUCUUGGUUUAGAGUUGUCAAAGCUACGAUUCUUUUGGGUACUAAGGGACCCUCCAAGUACGUUGCCGGAAGGGUUUGAAGAGAGAACAAGAGGAAAUGGAUUCAUGUGCUUCAGUUGGGCACCUCAAAUGAGGAUAUUAGGACACCCAUCAGUUGGAGGUUCGUUGAAUCACUGUGGUUGGAGUUCAGUAAUUGAAGCACUUGGGGUUGGUUGUCCUUUGAUUUUGUUGCCAAUGGCAUGUGAUCAGCCACUAGUUGCAAGAUUUUUGGCAUGGAAAGAGAUGGGAUUAGAGGUAGAGAGAAAGGAAGAAGAUGGGUCUUUUACCAGAGAGUCAAUUGCAAAGGCGUUGAGGAGAGUAAUGGCAGAUGAAGACGGGGAAAAAUACAGAGUCAGAGCUAGAGAACUGAAACAAGUGUUUGGAAAUAAGUUACUAAAUGAUGGAUAUGUGGAGAGAUUUUCGCACUAUCUCAAGGAAAAUAAACGUCAGCAAACUAGCUAAUGGAAAAAGGUUGAUUGUUUCUUCCCUAGAAAUAUCAGUGGUGACUGUUGUGGUCCUUGUGUUUAGGUGGCCUUGGGCCAAUGUGAGUGGUUGUAGCCUUUUUCUUCUGUGAAAUAAAUAAAAAGUGAUAGGUCAUGCGACAUGUACUAGUUUGUUCUUUUGGUUGUUCCGUAAAUUUUCUGUUUGUAUAAC